AGUAGAAGAAUCUCCGUUUUACUUCCGGUGUGAAAGCAUUGGUGUGUGUGACAGCUGCAGGAGAAUUAGCAUCUUAAAAUUAAUUCUUUUCGUUUUUACCAAUUCUGUCUGUUGAUUUGAAGCAGUAAUCGUGGAAAUCAAUCCUGCACCUCCGGAAUAGACCUGUUAACACGGAGCCGACGAUAUGUUUAAAAAGUUUGACGAGAAAGAAAAUGUGUCCAACUGUAUCCAACUGAAAACAUCUGUGAUUAAAGGAAUCAAAAACCAGCUGCUGGUCCAGUUUCCGGAAAUUGACUCAUGGCUCAAUCAGAUUAUGCCCAAAAAGGACCCAGUUAAAAUAGUCAGAUGUCAUGAACACAUCGAAAUCCUGACGGUAAAUGGCGAACUGCUCUUCUUCAGACAAAGAGAAGGACCAUUUUACCCGACACUCAGACUGCUACACAAAUUUCCAUUCAUUCUUCCACACCAGCAGGUGGAUAAAGGAGCAAUUAAAUUUGUGUUGAGUGGAGCGAACAUCAUGUGUCCUGGUCUGACAUCCCCUGGAGCGAAACUUAACCCUGCCGGUGUUGACACUGUUGUCGCCAUAAUGGCAGAAGGAAAACAACAUGCCCUGAGUGUUGGCGUGAUGAAAAUGUCUGCAGAUAGCAUAGAAAAAGUAAACAAAGGCAUUGGAAUCGAGAAUGUUCACUAUCUGAACGAUGGACUGUGGCACAUGAAAACAUAUAAAUGAGCCUGAAAACGUGCCGUCACUCGACCGUUUACAUCCUCUGACCAGACCUCAGUUUGACCUACUGAUGAGAUUUCAGCCAAUUAUUUUCAUCCUGCACCAAUGAUAUAAUAAAAAUCACAAUUUUUUUUUUGUCAUCACUAA